CCUGAGUUUCUCCAUCAAGUCAUAGAGACACGUCAUCCACAAGCGAUGACGCCGAUCGGAACGAGGUGUAGCAGUGAUGGGAGUCCACUCGCAAUGCAGUGUUAAACCCGAACUCCUGACGUCUAAACUCUCGUGAGCAGCGAGGGGGGUCCACUAACAAUGGACGACGGCGAGUGGAGCGAGGUGCCGUCUCGCCAGGCGGCACGGGGAAGAGGCGCGCGCCAGCAGCAGCGACAGCAGCCUCCGCAGCUGAUUCGUCCUCAACUCGCGCCUUCGGCCGGAGUUCUCGGGCCAAAUCCCGCGUUUAGCGGCCCCGCGGCAGCGCAGGCGCGCGGAAGUGGCGGCGGAGAUCGCGGAGGAAGAAGCGGGCAAGGUUCUGAAAGAGGGGGAGGUAGGGGCGGGGGCGCUAGCGCUGGCGGCGGAACUGUAGGCGGACGCGGAAGGGGAGGGGCUGGAGGUGGGGGAAUUGUCGGGGGAACUGGCGCAACCAUUGGCGCAAGUUCCAAUUGGUCUGGCGGAGGCGGGGGGAGCGGAAGGGGAGCAGGCAGAGGAGGCGGCGGCGGCGGAGGGGGAACAGGGGGGUGGGGACCGAACCGUAGCGGGGGUGCUGGGAUCGGGAGCAACAGUGCCAGCAGCAGCAGUGGCAGCAGCAACAGCACCACUGCUCCCGCUCCGUCUGCUGCGGCUCUUGCUGUUACGAGUACUGCUACUGCUGGCGGCUUCCCCACUUCCGCCGCUUUCCCCCCAUCUUCCGCCUUCCCCCAGUCUUCCGCCUUCCCCUCCGCCAUGCGCCCGCUCCCCUUCAUCACGGACCCCGCGCGCCUGGCGCAGCAGUUCCCCUCGCUGCUCUCCGACAGCAGCGACGAGGAGGGGGAGGGGGACGAGUUGGACGCGGAGGGGGAGGGGGAGGGCGGGGAAGGGGGAGGCGCAUCUGGGGGAGGGCGAUCUAAGGCGAAAGCUAGCGUGGAGCGGCUAGAAGAGGCGAUUUUUGGGGCGUAUCUGACAGGUCGGGGAGGGGGGAGAGGAGGAGGGGCAGGAGGAGGAGGGGGCAGGGGGGCAGGUGGUGUGAUUUCCGAGCCUGUUUCUGCCGAGCCUGCGUUCACAGCAGGUCUGGAGAAGAUCCGGGACCACCUGAACGCCGUCCAAUCGGGCGGCGCCAGCUGUCUGGUGUGCCUGGAGAGGAUCCGAUCGUCCGAUCCGGUCUGGUCGUGCCAGGGCGGCUGCUACUGUUCAUUGCAUCUUGUCUGUAUUCAGUCGUGGGCCAGACAAGGCAUCCAGGCCUCCUCCCUCAACUCCUCCUCCUCCUCUUCCUCCUCUUCCAAGGGCCUAUCAGGAACUGCCACGUGGCACUGCCCCAAGUGCCGAACCGAGUAUCCCGAGGCUGAGUUGCCUCGGGAGUACCGGUGCUACUGUGGGCGGGUGAAGGACCCCCCCUUCGACCCCUGGCUCGCCCCCCACUCCUGCGGGGAACCAUGUGAGAGAGAGCUGAGGGGAGGGGGGGGAGGGGGAGGGGGAGGGGGAGGGGGAGGGGGAGUUGUAGGGGGGAAAAGGGGACGGCAGGGAGCAGAGGGAGGGGAGGAGGGGAGGGAAGCUGACGUGGCGUGUGGUCAUAGGUGCACGUUGCUGUGUCAUCCUGGCCCCUGUCCUCCGUGUCCGCAGCUCAUUCGCUCCCGGUGCCACUGUGGCAAGAAGGAGGAUGUUGCCCGCUGCGGGCAGCACGAAUUUUCCUGUGCUGCCCGCUGCGCCCGCCGCCUCGCCUGCGGCAUCCACUCCUGUGACGCCACGUGUCAUCCGGGCAGCUGCCCUCCCUGCAGCCGAGAGGGAACCUUUUCUUGCCGAUGUGGGCAGGUGAAAAAAACCCUUCCCUGUGCCGAGCGUGAUUUCAGCUGUGGGAAAAUCUGCGGGAAAAAGUUUCCUUGCGGGCGGCACAAGUGCGAGGUGGAGUGCCACGCAGGGGAGUGCGGGGACUGCCCGCUUUCGGGCAGGCGGAGCUGCCCGUGCGGGAAAAAAUCGUACGAGGGGCUGCCCUGCGACAAGCCGGCCGUGCCGUGUGGGGCAACAUGCGAAAAACCUUUGGCUUGCGGGCGGCAUGUGUGUGCGGAGCGGUGCCACGUGGGAGAGUGCUCCAAGACGUGUCUCAUAGUGGUGGUGAAAGGGUGCCGCUGCGGCGGCGUGAAAAAAGAGCUCCCCUGCCACCAGGAGUACCUGUGUGAGCGCCGCUGCCAGCGCGGCCGGCCGUGUGGCCGCCACCUGUGCAAGCGACGCUGCUGCGCCGGUGACUGCCCUCCCUGCCCUGAGAUGUGCGGUCGCAAGUUACGGUGUGGUAACCACAAGUGCCCCGCGCCUUGCCACAGCGGUCCCUGUGCCCCCUGCCCUGUCACUGUGCGCAUUGCUUGCUUCUGUGGCUCCACAGCUUUUUCCGUCCCCUGUGGCGCGGAGAAGCAGCAGCGCCCACCCAGGUGCCACAUGCGCUGCCCCGUGCCCCCCACAUGCCACCAUGGCGCUUCCUGUAGGCCCCAUCGGUGUCACUACGGCGCUUGUCCACCUUGCAGCCUCCCCUGCGGCCAGCCCUUCAACUGCAGCCACUCCUGCCCUCUCAGGUGUCAUGACUCUCGCCCUCCGCCCAACCCACCGUUCUCCCUGGAGCCACCCAAGAAGAAGAAGAAAGGGAAGAAGGAGGGCGAGGAGGAGGAGGGGCAGGGGAAGCAGGGGUCGCCAUGUCCCCCCUGUGUGGUGCCAGUGGUGCGGGAAUGCAGGGGGCGACACCAGGGGCAGGAGUGCGAGCUCCCCUGCUCUCACGACCCUGCCUUCUCAUGCGAGUUACCCUGCGGUAACCCCCUGGCAUGUGGUAACCACGCGUGCCAGUUGGCAUGCCACGUCAUCACCCACCCGCGCACAGCGGACGGUCAGAGAGUGCUGGUGACUGGGGGGGAAGAGGAGGGGGGAGUGAGGGAGGUGGAGGAGGGGAGUGUGGAGGGGAGGGGAUUGCGUCGUGACACGUGCUUCCCUUGCAAGCGGCAGUGUCAGAAGCCCAGGGAUCCUCCGUGCGCGCAUCCCUGCCCGGAGCGGUGCCAUUUGGGCAGCUGCCCACCAUGCAAAAACCUUUUAAGAAAGCGCUGCUACUGUGGCAUUAUGACCCAUGCCAUCGAAUGCGGCCAAUGGGGCGCCGCCAGCGAUGCAGAGAGAAUCCGAAUGGUUUCCUGUACUGGUCCCUGCCACAAGAAGCUUCCAUUCUGUUCGCACAUGUGUGUGGAGAUGUGUCAUCCUGGACCCUGCCCCAAGCCCACACAGUGCCGCAAGAAGGUAACUGUGCGCUGUGCGUGCCUUCGACUCAAAAAAGAGUGGCUCUGCUCCCAAGUGCAAGCCGCCACUGCCAAAGCUGCAGCCGACGGCACAAGCAACACCGCCAGCUCCACCAGCACCACCAGCACUGCAAGCACCAGCACCAACGGCAGCAGCAGCAGUGGGAGUGUUGGUGGCGCUGUGGGUGUGAGAGUGCGGGAGUCGAUGGUGGGGGUGGGGCUAAUACCAUGUGACGAAGAGUGCAGGAGGAUACAGGAGGUGGAGAGGAGGAGGCAGGAGGAGGAGGAGAGGCGGGAGGCAGAGAGGAAGGCAGUAGCAGCAGCAGAGGCCGAGAGGCUGCGGCUGGAAGCAGAGGCUGCGAGGGGAGCACGGAGGAGGAGAAGGAAGACAGCAGCAGAUGACGACGAUGCUUCCUCCUCCUCCCUACUUCGCUUCAUCCCUCCCGCUGUGCGUCGCUGGGCUGUCAUCAUCAUGCUAGUUUGUUUUUUCCUUAUGCUGCUGCUCGCUGCUGGGCUGGGGAUCAAGGCGCUUUCUGACUGGAUGAACGAGCGGGACAGUCACCGCCCUAGAAAGCCGUUCCGUUACACAUAUUAGCUUCCACUUGUAUUCAUUACAUUCAUUGGUUAUGUUGGCUCUUGGCCGAACAUACCAUACCAUACCACUCCUCGAAGAAUAGACCUGUGGCUAGGUUGUCUCGGCACAAAAUAUCAACACUAAUUGUGUUUAUGACAAAGCCGAUGUGAUGCGUUACGGCAGGGCGCCAUCUGUGCUCUCCAGGUGGCAACACUGCGAAGCAAGCAUGCCGGCCUUAGAUCGCGUACUAUUGCAAUUCUUGCCCACAUAAAUGAGAUUAUGUGGA